GAAGUAUAGAAGUCCAUGGAAUUGAGCUUUUCGUCGUACUUAGCAAAUUGUGAUUUAGUUGUAGAACGCGAGAAAUAAUUAUACUAUAAAAACGUGAUAUUUAUUUAACAUGUCGAUCGAUCAUAGUGGCAAAGGUUACACUCCUCUUCCACAGAGUCUAAGCAAUACUGAUACCGAAGAUGAGGAAGAACAUUUGACUCAACCUAAUGAUAAUGCUUACAAAGUUGAUAACACUACGACAGCGGAAUUACGUUCAAAUCAUGAAAAUGGCACAUUUCAUCCACUGGAUGGAACACAAACUUUAGAAAACAAUACGAGAAACAGACAAAACAUAAUCAAAUAUUAUCGAGAUGAUAUACCAAUAAUGGUAAUUGAAGGUAGUGAGCCAUAUGAUGUUUGGAAAAGAAGAGAUAUGUCGCCAAUGAGGCGCUUCUGUUUAUUUAUGUCUAUAUUAUUAUGCAUUAUUACGAUAAUUAUUUUUUUAUAUGUAUUACCUUGUGAUAGUUCGAUGAUUUGUUCACCAAUUAUUGAACCACAUUCUUCUAUAUCAUGGGACAAAACAUUGCAAGAUGUAGAAAUAUAUGGGCCUAUUACUGUAAUACCCGGAUCUCCAUACAAUCUAAUAUUUCUUCUUCAUGGUGAACAAUAUAAAAAAAAUGGUACAAGCGAUGGAGUGACUCGUCAGCGACAGAUACCUCCAGAAGGAGGAGGAGUUAUAUCCAUGCAAGGAAAUAAUGGAUUACCGUUAUGGCUGGUUCCAUUAAAACGAUUGCCUACUAUUAUAGAUUGUACUAGUAUUGAUAUUGAUCAAUCUGGAAAACCAGACUGCAUUGUUGCUGGUGAACGAGGCCUACUCAUUAGCAUAGAACCGAUUGCUGGAACAAUUCAUUGGAGUGCUACAGCUCGCACAGUCCCUAAAUUACCAGUUAUUAUACCAGACAUUGAUGGCGAUAAUAUUGAAGAUUUAUUAAGUAUAGCAGUAGAUAAUGCAAACAUAUCAUCUCUUGUUCUUUUAUCUGGCAAGACUGGUCAAUUAUUGGAACGUUAUUCAAUUAAUAAUUGUGUUCCCAUUGAUAUAUAUAAUCUUGUUCUUAAUGGCAAUAUAUCCUAUCAUUGUUAUGAUGACAAUGCAAAAUAUGUUACAAGAUUUGUGUCUUUAAAAGAAUUAUUCCACAAAUUAAAAACACAAGUACAUAAGAAACUUGCAGAAUCUGCAGUAUUGCCACGAUUAUUCGAAAUCAUAAAACCAUAUGAAAAUGAAUAUAGUUGGAGGCCUACUCCUUAUCAUCAUUUGACUAUAGAAAACGAAGGAGUAUGUCCAGGACAAUUUUGCCGUACCAAUAUAAAUCUAACUUUGCAAAGAUUACCAAAUGAACCAAUAGUUCUAUGGGAUCAUGUGAGUUCGAAUACAUUUGCAUCGAAACCAGUGUUUUUUGUGACUUUGAAUAAACUUUACACUUCUGGAUUUGCCAUUAAAUUCUGGCAGUGGAUGGAUUUACCAUCAGAACAUACAGAGAAAACAACUAUAACAGAACAAACACUUGUAGAAAGAGUUCUUAUAGUUUUUGUGAAUUAUACUGAUAUUCAAGCUAUUAAUGCUAGUCAAUGUGAUGUAAUACAAUUGUGUCAUAAACUUGACUGUCAACCAAAUUUAAAUUCGCGAAAACAGUUUACUUCCAUUGAAGUUAAGUACAUCAAUAACAAUGAAUUUCCAGAACUGAUAAGUUACUGGUCUUCAUACAACACGAAUUCAAUGAAAACAUUAAUAUCGAAAAUACAAGUAAUAAAAAUGGAUUCCAUAAUAUCUAAUUUGAUACAUGGAAAUGUUUAG